UGCAUAGGAGAGCCAUAGAAAGCAGUGUGCUUACAGCUGAAAGCACUAACACAGCCCACAGUAAAACAGCACACAGUUAACCCUUUGAUCGCCCCACAUGUUAACCCCUUCCUGCCCAGCGCCAUUAUGCUUUUUAUUAGCACUGAUCACUGUAUUGGUGUCACUGGGGAUGUCAAUGACACCAAGUCGGUUCCCCACAGUGUCAGAAUGCCCCCUGCAGACCCGCAGUCCCGCUAUAAGUCACUGAUCGCCGUCAUUACUAGUAAAAAAAAAGUUCACACUACAUGU